AUGUUACAAUCUUUGCGGCUGCAGGCCCCAAAAGGCCGCCAGUUGCAUUCACAUCUCAUCGCACGGCCAUCAUCCUUUACAGCCUCGGCGCUGAGUGCCAGUCCGUCAUGGGCCUCGAUCUGGUCGCGUGGUCUGAAAACGACAGUCGAAGCUGGUCAGCCCGAUCCCCGAGGGGAGGCUUCCUACACUCAGCUCAACGACGACGAGCUCAACAAGGGCCUUCUGCACGAGACCAGUCUGUCCGCCGCGGGCAAACCUUUUGAUGUUGAGUACCUCCGCGAGAGCAUGGCGCGCCGGCCACACCGCGCUACCUACGAUCACCUCUCGCCUACACACUCACACCUGCUCAACAUUGCGCUCUACGAUGUGCUGCCACGCAGUGCCCAGGCCGGCGCGAUCCCUGAUUUUCGAAAGGCUGCGUCCAAAGAGCUUGUGAACCGCUUUGCCCUGCCGGUGACCAAGUCUGCCACCGGUAUCGCCGCCGACCACGAGCGGAUCCUGCCCGCGGGCCACCAUCUCGUGUACUACCCGCUGCAGCGGCCCAUCUCGCUGCUAGAGCCAGACGGCACAGACCCCGCGCAGUCGCCCGGUCCGCCCUUUGUGCGGCGCAUGUGGGCCGGCGGCUCUCUGCACUUUCUGAAGCCCCACCAGCUGGCGCUCAACGGCCAGCGUACCGUUUGCGUCGAGGGCCUGGAUACGAAGAACAUGGUGAUGCGGGGCGAGGCGGGCCGCGAGAAGAUUUUUGUUGAUGUGGUGCGGCGGUACGGCACGGCCGAUACCAGGAAUAGCGCCCCAUUGAGCCCGGACCAGGUUCUGGAAUUAGAGGACGGCGUGUGGAAGGACCCGGCUCUGGAAGAGCGGCGGACGCUCGUCUUUUUGCGGGCCAAGAACGACAACGCCUCCCAAGGUGGCCAUGCCACAAUAGAGGCGGAGACAAAGGCGAGGCCCAAAACCCAGGAAGAGCGGGUCAUCAAAGCCAACCGGGCACCGCAGUAUUCAUUCUCCUUCACGCCCACCUCCACGCUGCUCUUCCAGUUCAGCGCCCUCUCCUACAACGCCCACGCCAUUCACCUCGAUGUCGAUUACUGCCGAAACGUCGAGGGCUACCGCGACCUGCUGGUGCACGGCCCUCUGACCCUUGUGCUCAUGUUGUCGGCGCUUCGCGGCCAACUGCAUGAGGUUGUCCGGGCGGGUGCCAGCUCCAGUAGUCUUAGCACUGGACACCUGCCGAUACCGUACCGCUACAUCCGCAAGCUGGACUACCGCAACCUUGCGCCGCUGUACGCCAACGAAGAGCUCAAGGUGUGUGUGCACCGCAAUGCGCAGGACCCCAGCCGCGACGGCCAGCGCAGAGGCUUCUCCAGGUGGGAUGUAUGGGUUGAGAACAGUCGGGGCAGCAUCUGCGCGCGCGGCACAGCCAUUACAUGUCCAGACAUGCGCGAGCCCACGCCAAGAAAUGCCAAACGGCCGGCCAGCGACGACGACCAAUGGGAAGACGAAUGGUACUACGAGGAGUAG